AUGGAGGACAUUAAAGUGUCUCCUGACUACAACUGGUUCAGAAGCACAGUGCCCCUGAAGAGAAUUAUUGUUGACGAUGAUGACAGUAAGGUGUGGUCUCUGUAUGAUGCCGGCCCAAAGAAUAUCAGGUGUCCAAUCAUCUUCCUUCCGCCAGUCAGUGGAACUGCAGAGGUUUUCUUCCAGCAGGUGCUGGCCCUGACUGGCUGGGGUUACAGAGUCAUUUCGCUGCAGUAUCCUGUGUACUGGGACCUCAUGGAGUUCUGUGAUGGCUUCCGGAAGCUUCUGGAUCACCUUCAGCUGGACAAGGUCCACCUGUUUGGAGCCUCUUUGGGUGGAUUCUUGGCUCAGAAGUUUGCAGAGUAUACUCACAAGUCUCCCAGAGUGCACUCUUUGAUCCUGUGUAACUCAUUCAGUGACACCUCCAUAUUUAACCAGACAUGGACUUCAAACAGUUUCUGGCUCAUGCCAGCAUUCUUACUGAAGAAGAUCGUUCUGGGAAACUUUGCAAAAGGACCUGUGGACCCUAAGAUGGCAGAUGCAAUCGACUUUAUGGUAGACAGGCUGGAGAGUCUGACCCAAAGUGAGCUAGCUUCGAGGCUAACACUUAAUUGUCAGAACUCCUACGUUGAGCCUCACAAAAUAAAAGAUGUUGCUGUGACCAUCAUAGAUGUGUUUGAUCAGAGUGCUCUCUCGCUGGAAGCCAAAGAAGAGAUGUAUAAACUGUAUCCCAAUGCUAGAAGAGCACAUCUUAAAACCGGAGGAAACUUCCCAUACCUGUGCAGGAGCGCUGAGGUCAACCUCUACAUACAGAUCCACAUGCGUCAGUUCCAUGGAACCAGGUACGCUGCCAUAGAUCCUGCCAUGGUAAGCGCAGAGGAGCUGGAAGUGCAGCGGAGCCACCUGAGUUAUAACCAGGACUCUGAAAACAACCAAUGAACCGAUGGUUACUUGCAGCCUGGCUCCUCUGAACACUUUGACUCCUGAGCUCAUUCCAUAUGAGGCUCCAGGGAGUUUUCAGUCAACUCAACUGAGAAUGUUUUUAUUUGUCAGAUGAAGCAAUAUUUUCAUAAUGAUGUGUGGUAUGUUAUUGCUCCUUUGUUUUAGAAACCAUACACAACACCUUGCCUUAUGUGGAACGAUUAUUGCACUCAUAAACUGCCUGUACUGUGUGUUCAUAUCUGUUUGAAAGAUAAAUUGUGGUAAACUGUGCCAGUUGUUAACAGAAUGAUGAACACUGGUUAUACAAAGACACACUGUACAUCUGAAAGUUUGUGUAAUUUAUGAAUAUGAAUUAAGUUUUUUUGGAUUACAUUUUUUCUUUUUGAUGUCAUAUUUUGUUGGGCUUUUCUUUUAUUCCAAUAAAUAUCCCUGAACCUACA